UCACUUCCAUCUAUAUAUAAACCCCUUUCCCUAUAUCUCUUCUCUGCACAAAUCUACCCAUCAAAACAAAUAAACUCCCUCUUUCUCUCUGUUUCAUCAUAUAUGGCUGAGGUUCACUGUAGCAACACUGGUGGAAUUAAGCUCUUUGGCACCGUCAUCAAUUUACAGACCAGAAGCAUCAAGGAGGAGCCGGAGAAGGGUGGUGGGGGUGGCGAUCAACCAGAGAUGAAGAGGCCGGAGAAAAUAAUUCCAUGUCCUAGAUGUAAGAGCAUGGACACCAAAUUCUGUUACUUCAACAAUUACAAUGUUAAUCAGCCCAGACAUUUCUGCAAGGGUUGUCAAAGGUACUGGACGGCAGGUGGGGCGCUACGGAACGUGCCCAUCGGAGCCGGCCGCCGGAGAGCCAAGCCGCCGCUGCCGAAUUGUCGAAUCCUUUCCGGAGAGCUUCCCGAGGAUUAUGGGCAGCUUUACGAUGCUGCUUCUGGGAUUAUUCAUCAGCUUGAAUUGGAUGCGGUGGAGGGGUGGCAUUUCACGGUGGCGGAACAGGAUUUCGCCCAAGUUUUUCCUCUCAAACGCCAGAAGAUUAUCGGUCAACACGGUCAAACGUCUUGAAUUAACCCCAUCUUUUUGUGGAUGAUUUAAUGUGGAAAAUAGAGAGGUAUACAGUUUUAAAUUUAGUGGAUAUAUGAUUGUGUA